AUGUUAGCUCAGUCGCCUGUACAAGAAUCAUCAUUGAAGUAUCAACAUUUAUUUAAUCAAAGUGUUAACACCAACAAUACUAAUAAUAACAGUAGUAAUAAUAGUAACAACAGUACACAACAAACACCACCAAACACAGUGAGUACACCAAUUUCGACACAGCAUAAUAACAAUACUAAUACUAACACUGCAACUACUACUGUGACUACUAUUAACAAUAAUACUAUUAGUAAUGAUAAUAAAAAUCACCAUAAUGACAUUAAUAGUAAUGGUAGUAGUACACAGACUGCAGCAUCAUCUAAAGAUCGUCCACAGAGUGCAGAAGGCUUACCCAUAAGUGGUCCACUUAAAUCUCCUUCAGGUAUUCCAAGAUUAUUAUCUUUAAAUGAAUCAAUCAGUAAGUAUAUUUCACCGUCAAACAAUGAAAAAAAUAAUAAAACGCCAAAUGGUGGAAAUCAUGUAUACAGUAGCAAAAUUUCUAAUCAUGUCAAUCACAAUAAUAAUGGCAGUCCUAAUAAUACAACUAAUAAUAAUGACCCUAUAACCAAUUCAUCGCAUCCACGGAAGUGUACUCCACCGAGUAAUAGCUUCACAACAUCUGCUGUUGCUAAUAAUAAUGGUUCCAAUGGUCAAUAUGUUUAUCGAUCACGUGCUACUACACAAUCAGUGACAAGACAAAACAGAACUAACUCAGAAAAUCCAUCUAAGUCAUGUGAUACAGAAUCUGACACAUCAAGUGUAUUUUCCAGCAGCGGUCCUCCAAGGCCAAUAUCUUCGAAAGUAGGUUCAUUGCAAAAUGCAAAACACAAACCAGGUGGAGGCAAUGUACAAAUUUUCAAUGAAAAAGUAGUCGUUAAUACUGUCACUGGGAAAUGUAAUUCACUGGCCAAUGUGAAACAUAAACCAGGUGGUGGGAAUGUACAAAUUGUAGAUCAAAAACUUGAUUUCUCUUCUAAUACACAAUCUAAAGUUCAGUCUUUUAAAAAUGUCAAACACGUUCCGGGAGGUGGAGAUAAAAAGAUUUUCAACGAACAUCUUCCAUGGUUGAAGUACAACAAGCCUAACUUAUCAGCAACAGAGAAAGAUCGUAUCAAUAAACGUUCAAGUGGUCAUAAUAGUGAUAUGAAUGCCUCAACGACAUCUGGCAGUACUGGUCAUUAA